UCACAGAGACAGAUCGAGAUAGAUAAAGAGGCUGAAAAUUCCCUGCACCAAUCAUUGUGCCAUGCCUGCCCUGCCCAGCAGCACCAGGAACACAUCAUCCAUUUAUCUCCUGGAGGCCAAAGGGAAGAGGGAAGGUAGAAGAGAGAGAGAGAGGGAGAGAGAGAAUCGCUGCCACUGCCACCACUGGAAAAGGCAGCAGAAGCGAAGCAAGAAACAAGAGAGAGAAAGCCGAGGCACUUUCCAUUGGAUCCUUCGCUUUUGGGGGGGAAGGUCUCUCUCCGUUCUUGGCUGGUGAGGAGGUGGAGAUGUUCCCCCCUGGUCUGAUCCACCACCGCUCAGACGGCCCGGGGCCCGGUGAGGUGUCGCGCUCCGGCGGCGCUCCGAGCCUGGUGCUGACGGCGGACCCCAAGCCCCGGCUCCGGUGGACGGCCGACCUCCAUGAGCGCUUCGUCGACGCCGUCGCCCAGCUCGGCGGGCCCGAGAAAGCAACACCAAAAACUAUCUUAAGGACAAUGGGUGUGAAGGGACUCACGCUUUUCCACUUGAAGAGUCAUCUUCAGAAAUACAGAAUGGGAAAACAAACUGGCAAAGAGACGUCGGAGCAAUCUAAAGAUGGGUCUUAUCUUCUAGAUGCUCAAGGUGGAAUGAGUCUGUCUCCCCGAGUUUCUACUCAAGAUGCAAAGGAAAGUCAAGAAGUUAAAGAAGCACUGAGAGCUCAGAUGGAAAUGCAACGAUGCCUGCAUGAUAAAGUGGAGGUCCAAAAGCAUGUCGAUAUCAGGAUGGGCGCACAUCAGACGUACAUCAACAAUAUACUAGCAAAGGCAUGCAAGAUCGUCUCCGAGCAGUUUGCCUCGAGUAACUUCAGCAUCUCCGACCACAAUCUCCCGGAGCUAUCCUCUUGCAGUGUCAUGUGUGACACUCCUACUGACGCGUUGAGCUCCUCGAUCUUCCACCAGCUCUCUGUCAGUUCAAUGAGCCUGCACAGUCCAGGAGGAGGCAAACCUUCUCCGUCGGGCAUGGAAGGCCAAUUGCUUCUCCAAAGGUCACCUGAGUUCAAACGCAAGUCCUGCUGAGCCCACAUUCGUAGACAAAAUCUGGAUAAAAACUCCGACUUACACGUCCACGAUAGCCAUGUCGAGUCCCUGAAUGAUGAGGGGAAUGGUCUGCCAAUCUGUUACCGACUUGUUUCUCUUGCUAGCGCAUGCCACGAAGCAAAGGUUUUAUCCAUCAGAAUCUCCAACCUAUGUUUAUAUAUAAUGACUAAUGUGCUAGUCAAGUGACUUGAUUGGUAAUAUCACAUUAUUAUUUCCGUCUGAGUUAUCGUUCUAACAUCAUUAAUUAACACAUAUAUCCAUUUAGCACAUUCCAAAGACCA